CUGCGUCGACUCAGCAUCAAAGCCCACGUGUACAGUUCAGGCUCAAAGUCUCUCGCUGGACUAAAAAGUCUAAAAUAUCUCCUUUUAAAAGGAGCCGUAAAGAUUCGUUACUCCUUACAUUUCUAGUUGUCCGGUGCGGUUGAUCUUCAAGACCUGUAACAACAUGGGUGCCAAACUCAAGCCCGUUGUGGCUUCCUUCUUCUUUUGCUUGCUUUUGUUUCCCUUGGUCUUUUCGGCUUCCAAUGGUGGGUUGGUUAGAGUCGAAAUAAAAAAGAGGAAGUUUGAUCAAAAUGACCGGGUUGCUGCUCAGCUUGAGUCAAAGGAAGGGAAGGCUCGGAAAGCUUCUGUUAGGAAAUAUCAUCUUCGUGGGAACUCAGGAGAUCCAGAGGAUACUGAUAUUGUAGCUCUAAAGAAUUACAUGGAUGCCCAAUAUUUUGGUGAGAUCGGUAUCGGUACUCCUCCUCAGAAGUUCACAGUAAUAUUCGACACUGGUAGUUCUAACUUGUGGGUACCUUCUUCUAAGUGUUAUUUCUCGGUUGCAUGCUAUUUCCAUUCCAAGUACAAGUCAAGCGGUUCGAGUACCUACAAGAAGAAUGGUAAGCCAGCUGAUAUCCAUUAUGGAACUGGAGCUAUUUCUGGGUACUUUAGUCAAGACCAUGUAAAAGUUGGUGAUCUUGUGGUCAAGGGUCAGGAAUUUAUUGAGGCAACUAGGGAACCAAGCAUCACAUUUUUGGUGGCCAAGUUUGAUGGCAUACUUGGCCUUGGAUUUCAAGAGAUCUCAGUUGGAAAUGCUGUACCUCUGUGGUAUAACAUGGUCAAUCAAGGUCUUGUUAAAGAACCAGUUUUCUCUUUUUGGUUUAACCGAAAUGCUGAUGAAGAAGAAGGGGGUGAGAUUGUUUUUGGUGGGGUGGAUCCUAAUCAUUACAAGGGUGAGCACACAUAUGUUCCGGUGACGCAGAAAGGCUAUUGGCAGUUUGACAUGGGUGAUGUCAUGAUUGAUGGCGAAACAACUGGAUUUUGUGGCAGUGGAUGUUCUGCAAUCGCUGAUUCUGGAACAUCUUUGCUGGCCGGCCCAACGACUAUUAUUACUCAAGUCAAUCAUGCAAUUGGAGCCACUGGAGUUGUAAGUCAAGAAUGCAAGGCUGUAGUUGCAGAAUAUGGGGAAACCAUAAUCAAGAUGCUACUACAAAAGGACCAACCAAAGAAAAUCUGCUCACAGAUUGGUUUGUGCACUUUUGAUGGGACACGAGGUGUAAGUAUUGGCAUUGAGAGUGUUGUUGAUGACGACACUCGAAAAGCAUCUGGCAGUUUGCGUGACACAAUGUGCUCCACGUGUGAGAUGGCAGUUGUUUGGAUGCAGAACCAACUUAAGCAGAAUCAAACACAAGAUCGUAUUAUUAACUAUGCCAAUGAUCUCUGUGACCGGCUGCCUAGUCCAAUGGGAGAAUCAGCAGUUGAUUGUGCCAGUUUGUCUUCAAUGCCAAAUGUUUCCUUUACAAUUGGCGGCAGGGUUUUUGACCUCAGGCCUGAGCAGUAUGUCCUUAAAGUUGGCGAGGGUGAUGCAGCUCAAUGCAUUAGUGGAUUUACGGCUCUGGAUGUGCCACCUCCUCGUGGACCUCUCUGGAUCUUGGGGGAUGUUUUCAUGGGUCGCUACCAUACAGUAUUUGACUACGGGAAUCAGAGAAUUGGGUUUGCAGAAGCUGCCUAAAUGAAUCUUUACCAUUAACGUUUCCUUCUGUAUCCAUCUCUUUUCUGAACACAUCUGCAUCCUGAAAGACUUGUAGUAACCUAUAUCGUGUUGGAAGUGAGUUUCAAACCGGAAAACUACUUGUAAAUAUGUCUGGGUAUACUGUGUCGUUUUGUGGAGUUUGUUCUGCCCCUACAUGUCAAAACUUGUAAUCAAGAAAAUGGAUCAUAUGGCUACAUCACACUACACACAUACAAUAUCUAUGGUUCUCUCUC